AGUUCGGUCCGGUACUCCUGUCUGUCACAUCCUUGCCGUUUGGGACGUUAUAAAUGCAUGUUUUUACAGCACUUGCUGAAUUUUAUUGCUAGUUGUGAUUCGCGCGAACGCUUUUUCGCAACUAUAGAAGUCGACCGGAUGAUCCUCAUUUAUUGUCAGAAUUUAUUUUGCUCUCGUCGUGUCAAAAAUUUUGUUGACCUACGAUAAAUUUCAUCGAGUGUAAAAGAUUAGGCGAAAAAAUUUGGUUACUAAGACCAUAUGGAUGAUCAACGUUGUGUAACAUCUGCUGACCAAUUCGCCAAUAUUUUACUUAGAUUUGCAAAUAACAGUACGUGGAAGACACUUUAGCUCAGAUAUAAUAAGAAUGUCGUCGUGGUUUUGUAUAAUGGUGAUUUUUCUUAUACACCUUCACGAAAUUAGCCUAGGACCAGCUUGUAGAAUAAGUGAAUUUCCAUGUAGAAAUGGUAGAUGUAUACGUUUAAAUGGAUACUGUGACGGAAAUGAUGACUGCGGUGAUGUAUCGGAUGAACCACCAUUCUGCACAGUGUGUAACCGUACAUAUUAUGGAGACGUUGGAAAAACUUACGAUCUAAGAGUGCUGAAACUCACCGAUCCGCGACUUCCAUUUCUAUGCCACCUCACAUUUACUGCCAAUGGACAAAAUCAUGGGGACAUAAUUCAGUUGAUAUUCGACGAAUUCAAAGUGGGUCGAUACGAAGCAUCCGCAUUGGACGGCUGUCCUGACGGUUACAUGCAACUCAGCGAAUUAGGGCGACCAUUUACCGGAGGCUCAUGGUGCGGAACAUCUUCCGGCCCGGCAGCCUAUUACAGCGAAACAUCCACCAUAACAGUAACAGUAAAAUUGUUCGGCUCUCCAGAAAUUCCAUUCGCGUUCCGACUCAGAUAUAGAUUUUUCUCCAAGAGGGAAGCAAUAGUGAGAUUUGGUUCGCCGGUAUCUCCUUUAGAAAGAGGGCAGAUAGCACCGGGAACGUAUUGUACGAGGCAGUUUGAAGAAUGUUACAGGAAACCAUGUAGAUUACAAUCCCCCAAUUAUCCCGGGAUGUAUCCUAGGAACGUUUCUUGCUAUUGGAGCUUGAGACAAAAGUUUGUUCCUACUUGUAAACAUGCUAUGAUAUCGGUUCGACAAGAAGCUGUACAUAAAAUGCAAAUGAAAAGGUCAAUCAAUGUUGCCGGUUUGAAUAAAACUGAAAGAAUGUUGAGAGCUUGGAGAGACUGUACAGGAGAACGUGAUCAUUUAAUAUUUUACGACGGAGGAUCAACGAACGACGCAGUAUUAGCUAAAUAUUGCGGCGGAGAUUGGCUACCAAGAGUUGUUUCCCGAGGUCCGGAAAUGUUAGUAGCAUUCCAUUCAUCUCCAUUCAGCAUACCCCUACAUUCACCUUCAUCUUUAUCGACUUUGCGCGGAUUUGAACUAGACGUUGAAGUUAUUUUUGUAGAUUCUGAUUCACUAGAUUUCUCCCGUCAUACUUUAGACUGUAUAUUUCAUAUCAACGCAACAAGUCCUGAUAGCGACGAAAUUUGGACUGGAAGAGGGCGCAAAGGUAAAUUGUUAAGCCCCAAACAUUCUUUGCCACCCAAUACUACAUGCACUUAUAAGUUUAGAGGCUACCCCGAAGACCUAGUUUGGAUAGCAUUUAUUUCGUAUAGUCAUAAGGCGUUAUUAGUUGGUGAUAAUGCGCACGCUUUGCUUCGAAACGAUACGUUUACCAAUGGUUGUUCGACGCGUAUAAGGAUUUGGGAUGGUAGCAAAUUAAUUGAAGAUAAAUGUGACGAGGCUCCGAGAUUAUGUGACCACAGUGCAUUAAGCAAUACUACUAGGAUUACUAGACCGUGUUCGAAAGACGAAAGCUAUUUGACAAUCGAUAAAAGUUUGAGUAUUCAGCAUUAUACUGAAGACGGAACUGCCCUACAUCCAGCAUCAUUUAAGUUGAUAUACGAAUUCGUUGAUACUAAGAUGGGAGGAGAGCCGUGGCCUAAUAAAAUUGACGCAGGAUCGUGUUACCGACUUUUUAAAAAGCAACAUGUCGGAGACGUGACUUCACCAAGAAAUAUUUUUCUCUACGGUAGAGGAGGAGCGAAAGAUUUGGAUUGCAUUUAUAGAUUCGAAGCUGGUAUUAAUGAGAGAAUAAGAUUGAUAUUGAAUAACGCUUCGUUUGGAAUGAAUCCUACAUGUGAGACUGUAAUAGACCCUCAUACGGGUAGACAAAUAUGUGAAUAUACCGUUGGAAGCCGUAUUUCCGAACUGAAUAUAUUCGAAACACCAUGGGAAGAUAUUCGAAUUCACAAAACCUGUAUCUGUGAUAAUGUAACACUUUCAAAUAAACCGCUAGUAUUCACAUCUACUUCCAGUACUCUGGAACUUCAAUUCACUGCCAAAGAUAUGAAUAUAACAGAAGACUUCACCGUUAUACAUUUCCACGUGUUAUUUGAAAUAAUAUCGAUGGAUGAAUGUCCGAGAAAUCAAAGACUUCGAGGGUACGGAGGUGAUGUGCAGCUACAUUCGCCACCAGCGAACGCAGCUGAUAAUUUGUGUUUAGGUUUACCAUGGAUUGUCGAAGCUAGAUAUAAUAGGAGCCUAUUUUUAUUGAGUUGGGGUGCUUUUCUGCCGCUUAAACCGCGUUCAGAUGAAUCUGCUCGCUGUCCCACUACCAAUCGUAUCAUGAUCUAUUCUGGCCGGCCGCCCAAAUUAGUAAGAGUAGUUUGUCCAGCAGAGCCAGGUACACGUCCUUUAGCAGUUCACGUGUUUAGCGAAGAAUGGUGGGGAGAAGCUUUAGCGCACAUUGUUCAACGUCCCCCUAAUUUCAUGAUUGAAUGGAUCGGAUCGGAAAAUGGCGAAGCAGCAUUUAGUUGGUUAGAAAUUUCUAGAUCGAGAGCAUCCUUACUUCACCAACUCCAAGUUCCAAUAAACGCAAGUACCAACGAAACGGAUUUGGAAUGUACGUACAAGUGUCCCGAGCUCGAUGCUUGCAUAAGUUCAUCUUUAUGGUGUGACGGAAAGGAUCAUUGUCCUUCGGGUUUCGACGAAUCCGAAACUCAUUGCGGUGCCACCUCGAAAUUACUCAACUCGUUACCACUAUCAGCAAUGGCUGUUGCAACAGCUGUGAUAUGUUUAAUCAUCCUUUUAGUAUGCUUAACGUUGCACAGAUCUCGAGCCCGCCGAAGACGAAGAAUGGCAAAAAAAAAGUUAUUGACCGGUCCUCAAUUAUUGAGUGCUAGUAUCAGUUCUUGACACAAAACUCCUCCUGUAGAAUAUAUACAUGUGGAUCGGGAAACAACCGUAUGAGUUAAGGAGUUAACCGAUUCAUCCGUCCCAAUGCUCACAUUUUUAUCUACCGGUGCCUUUCUGUGAUUUACAACGGUUACACGUGAUAUCUUCACAUUUACACCAUAAUUAGAUAAGUAUCGAACGGCCCCUCGUACCCAUAUUUUCACUGUAUCACUUAACGAUAAGAAACGAUAUCACAUAAAUUAUUGAGGAAUAUUCUGUAGUUUAUAACCUACUCCACGUAACUAUUCAGUACAAAAACAUCAUGUAUUUUGUUGAGAGUUUUUGAUUUAAGCCUUUUUGCUUUUUCUGUACAACGAAUGGUGCUCGUCAUUUUACUUUUUUAGCAGUAUUAUUUAUAGAUUUAAUUUGAACAAUCUCGGCUCGAAUUCUUUUGGAAUUAUUCCAUUUUUACUGGUUUUUCCAAUGGACCCACAUAAAAUAAAUUGAACGACCUCGCUAGUCAUUCAAUAUAUCUACAUCUACCGAUCAAUACGUUAAAACCAUAAACUUCAAGUAUUAAUACUACUAGGAAAUAAAUUAAUCAAAUAUGUAAAUGUAUUCUACACAAUCUGCAGUAUAUUCCAAAUAGUAUGAUUCUAUUUCUUACGAUGUGAAUUCGUGCAUUUAUCUUUUUGCUUCCAGAGGCGAUUAACCUCGCCAUUUUGUACGAAUUACCGUUGUUUCAUUAACAUGGAAAUGACAACUAACCUCACAAAUAAAAGUGAAUUUUUUUUUCAAAAGCAACUAAAACAUCCGCUACAGACAUUUUGUUGAACCGUAGUGAAAACUCUUCUAAAUCUCACUAUUGACUGCCUCUGACUCUUAAAAGUCCUUCUGGACAUUUAUCCGAAUUACUUCUACAAAUAAUGUGUUCAUUAACUCUCAGUGAACGUGACUUGAAAUAAGAAUAUUUGGUAAUAACAGAAAUACCUAGCUCCCUACUUUUGUUUUGAUAGUACCACAAAAUGCAAAUACUUGUAAUAUGCUGAUCAUUUAAUGUAUAUUUUCUCUCGAACCUCUUCCUCGAUCUUGUAAAAUAUAACUGGUAGGAGUGAGUAGGAAAAUAGAAUUUUUGAAAAUUCUUGAGUAAAUCUAUUCUUUUUUUGAAGGAACAAAAAAUACUAUGUAAGUAACGAAGGUUUCUGCCGCGCUCGGAAACGUCCCGUUGUUAAAAUAACUAAGUUGUUUUAUAAUAGAUGAUUAUAGUAUAAUAUAAUUUUUUUAUUAGAAUUCAAUGUAUAUUAUUAAAGCUUUUCUCUUUGAUCAUAAAUAGAUGAAAUGACUUAGAGUUUUUAAUGUUUCAAUUAAAAUUUUUUAAACCAUGCCGCAGUCAUGUCUUCGUGGUAAUCAGCAUAGGAUUGAGAAAAGCUGUUAGAAGGUAAAAUCAAAGCAUUAAAACAAUCUUCACUGCCAUCAAGAAUAAUAAUUGGGUACUCGUUUCCUCCUUGAGCACUACGUCCUGUGUAUCGAAGAAAGUUCAGUCCAAAUAUUAUUCUUUUGUCAAGUUUUUUAUGUUUAAAACUAGGGAUGAGUCGAUUCUCGAUACCGAUUCUCGAUACCAUCGAUUCUUGGUCACUGGUAUCGGUAUCGAGAAUCGAUCACAAAAAGUUGAUACCGAUACCAGUAAAUGAACAGAAAAAUUAUUUUUUAAUCCAAUUUAUAUCAUUAUCAACAUGAAAAUAUCAUAUUUUGGAAAAUCGUUUGUUAAAAUAUUUGUCUUUCUUUAAACAACAGGCUGCUUCGGUGCAUUUAUUGCGCCGACAAAGUAGUUCCAUAUCGUCUUUGAAUAGGUGUAAAGUGUAGAAAAAUCCUGCUUUUAAAAUAACUUGCAUAAUGAUUUUGAUUAUUAAUACAAUAACCAAUAAACCAAAGAGCGAAAAUUUUAAUUGGUGAUAUGGGGAGAUAAAACUACAUACAAUUAAAAACGAGAAUGUUGCCUUUAUUCGGCGACAUAUAUGUACGCCUCUGCUGUGCCUUCCUUAUGCAAGAGAAAGUACAUCCACAUUUCUUCGUGAUAUUUAUUUUAUUUAAUAAUUUCGACAACCUUCUGCGUAUGGCUUACAUUUUUUACCAUUAGAAAUUGCCUCAUUUGUCCCUAUAUAGGCAUAGAUAUUUUAAAAUUGGUUUGUAAGUUGUUCAAACAAAUUAUGAAUAUGUUUCUAGUGAGAGAAUUUUUAUUUACAAGGGUACCGGAAUCGGGAAUCGAUUUUUUAGGUAUCGAUAUCGAGAAUCGAAAAAUUUCGGUAUCGACACAUCUCUAUUCAAAACCAGCACAAGUGUCCAAACAUAUAUUGUCAUAAUCAGAGUAUUUAAGUGUUUUAGUACUAAAUAAAUUUUUAAAAAGUCAUAAAUUAUUUGUCGAAUAACAUAUGUGGUUGUAUAAAGUUGAUUGUUCAACCCAUUUAAUAAUAGAAAUUUCUGAUUGAUCACCAAAAAGCCAUUUUAAAUUUAAAUAGUUAAUAAUAAUGAACUGUUGAGAGAAAGAUAGAGAUACGUUGGUUAAAGUUUGGUAGGAUAAGGAUGAUUUUUGUGAUGGAGGUGGUUUGUUUGAGUAGGCCCUGAUAUAGGAAUAGAUCCUCUGCAAGGCUAGGUUUGUGGUGGUUUCGUUGGGUUGUGUUUGCCCAACUAUUUCUAUGGGGAGAUUUUGGCCAAAAUAAAACGAAGUGAAGCUUGUAAGCAAAACGGCCCUUCUCGGAUUGUUUUUUUUUUAUUUUUGAGAGGCUUUAUUUGUUUUUUAUGGUUUUUUGAAAGCCGAAUUUACGUAAUAUGAAAGUUAGCCAGGGGUCUAACGGGUGGUUGAUUGUUGGUUCUACCGUAACGAAACAAUUUGUGUCAACCAAGAGUUGAAAGGUAUUUUCUAACCUCAAUUUUUGUUUAUUUUGGCUUGCGUUAUUUUGGCAUCUUCUCCCGAAAUUUUACGAAACAGGCUACUUUGGAAAGAUAGUAGUAAUGAUGAUUCAUCUGAGACUCUGAUUUUUCUUUUUCCUUUGCAAUUCAUCUUUUUAAAUUCAUAUAAUAUUGACAGUACACGUGGAAACUUCAAACAAAACUAUACUUUGACUUUUGACUGACGCACUAUCCACUAAGAUUUGAUUGGUUAAAAUUGAAGUCCCAGUGCAACCAACGUAAAUUUUUCAGCACAAAGCUCCAGUUAGCCAACGGAUGGUUGUAAAUGCGUUAUAAUACCGAACCGAUGUUAACCAUCGGUGGAGUUUCGAACAGCGCUUGAAUAACGUCCAGUCGAACAAAACUUUUAUAAUACUGAUCUUAAUAAAUACAUAAUCUAGUGAAGUAACUACAUUCGUCGUGCGAAUAAGUAUUAUAAACGCUUCUUCAAAACUCGCUUCGGUAUAUCUUUUACUUUUUAUAGUCCUUCAAACAAGAAUAGAUAAACUCCAAAUUGCACUGCAUUUGCAUCUGAUUAUCUAUUUCCCUAUAUUACGCUCCAUAAAAAAACCUAUAUACCCCUCCCUCAAUUAAAAGUAGCACAUUAUGCAUAAUGAAGGUGACCCUCUCCCUCCCAAUUACAAAAAAAUUGAAAGUUAAUUCCACUUCAAAUGCACUCAUACCUACCAUCAAUAAAAACAAAAUCUGUCCCCAAUAUAUAAAAGUUAUAUAAAAUGGAAAAAUGAACUGAAAGCGUUCAACGGAAAAUCAUGGAAGCCUUAGUGAAAAAGGUCCUGGAAAGUUAUCGAGUGUCGGAAAAUGUCCGAUUUUCAGUCGUCAAAAAAACUAUUCGUAUGUAGCAGGAAAUUAUACGCUAUAUGCGAGUAAUGCUUUACACUGCUUCGGUGAAGUACUAUAAAAUUUAUGAUGUUCACAUCCAGGUGAGCUAAAAGUAUAAUCGUGUUCCAAAUCAAAAGACAACAUAAACUUUUAUACCAGAAUAGACGUGUUUAUUGUAUUGCAAAUCAUCAGUACAUGAUAGGAUUAUAAAUUUCAUACAAAUACUGAAUAAGAGUCCUGAAACAAGUUGUCUGUUAAGUAGAACUUGAAAAUAUGGGUAUAUGGAACCGUAACUUAAAAGUUAACAAAGCAAUCUUAGCGAGUAAUGAUUAAGGUGAGCUUAAAUUCAUUGCAGGGCAUUGAUUUUGGGUUAUAAACGUUCGUCGCGUCGUUCGAAUGAUAAAUUUUAUUUUAUUUGUAAUGUUGAGAGUUUUUAAGAAGGAAGUCUAAGAACUAAUAACUUAGUGAAAUGAAACUAAUCUUUAAAAAUUCGUUUUGUAAAAAAUCUGUUUAACUAUUGUUGCUGAAUUUGUUUUAAUUGUUUCAUUUAAAAAUGAUAAAUACAUUCGAAAGAUUAGGUGAUAUAUAAGAAAUUUAGAAGAUUUAUUGAAACCAAUACAUAAUGUUCAAGAGUAACUGACUAAGAAAUACAAUUCCACAACACAUAAAGUAAUACUUGAUUUUGCGCAAUGAUCUAACCAUAAUUUUAUAUUGUCCAUCAGUUUAAAAUAUCAUUUUCAUUAUUUUUGGUAUUAAAUAACUAAAACUUAAUCAAAUUAUUUCAAUUAUAUGUAUAUAAUCAUAUAACCUAACUUGUAAUUUUCAUAAAAAAACUUUGUCCAUUCUUCUGUCUUUCUAACUAGCUAAUAUCUGCUUUGUCUUUAUUUUUUCCUUUUCAUUUGUACUUGUACUUCAUUUAUUCUCUUGACUUGUCUAUCAUUGUCCUUUCUUUGAAUAUAUCCCGCCUUAGCUGUAGUUCUUCUAUAAAGUUCAAUUUUGAUUGUACCACUAAGUUUUCUCGUAUUUCCACUCUUAUUCUUUUUGCUUGGAUUUUAUUUUUUUGUCUUUUGUGAAUAUUCAGGUUUCACAUAUCACAUUCCUCCCAAAUAUUUAUGUUUAUUUUGGACGUUGUCUAUUUUAAUUCUGUAUUUUCAUUAGGAUUUCCUAAUAACAGAAUUGUUGUUUUAUUUGUGUUAAGUUUCAUGCCUUCUUCUCCCAUAAGUACAUUCUCCUUGCCUUAAUUACAUAAUGGUUUUUAAUCCCUCUUACUUCAUGUUUUGUAUUAUAAAAUUUCCAUUUUUUACGUAUUUAUUUCGAAUAAUUUUCAAAAUUAUAAUCUGUAUUCCUUUUCCUUUCAAUCAUUUCCAUAUUUGCUUUCUAAAGACCGAAUCACUCGCUUUCUCAAGAUCCACUAAUGCUAGACAUGCAGUUUUAUUUCCAGAUGUAUGUUUUCUUCUAGUUAUUAUAUUAUGAAAAUCUUAUCUUGAGGGUUUGUUCCUUGUCUAAAUCCACUUUGUUAUUCUGACUGUAGAUUUUUUAGGGCAGUUUUAAUUAUGUUAAUUAAAAUUUGCUCCUAUAUCUUCACAAUCAUAAAUAUUUAGUAGGUAACUUUGAUAUUUUUUUGAGUCAUCUUUUUUUUUAAUUUGAUUUAUUUCCAUCUUUCCAUAAUGUCUCGUCCAUUUGUUAGCAUAUCUUGCUUUUUAUCUUCUAUGUAUUAUUUACUUUGCCUAAUUUUCUUUUCUAAAUUAUUUUAAAACUUUUUUUCUAAUAAUUCAUUUAUUAAAAAUUUGUUAUUAAUAAAACUCUAUUGAAUAUUUUGUUUCAAUUAAAUAUGUAUUAAUGAAACUCAUCCAAUACAUUUCUAUUUGCAAUUCAAACAUUAUUAAAUAAAAUGUAAUAUACAUAAAAACACAUUAUGAAAGUAUGUAGUUAUUAAAAAGUAAAUGAAACAUUUACAAUUAGAUUCAGCAGCAUACUCUAUUAAAAUAUUAGUUUUACCUCACUAAUUUCACAAUAUUAGAAUAUUCAUAGUUUUAAGAUUUGUUAGAACACAUUUUAUCUAUUAAAAUAGUAGAUACAUUAUACCUAUAUUUAUUAUGUUAAUCAAAUUUCUAGAAUCUGGGGAAAUAAAAAGUUUACAAUACUAUGGUUCCUACACAACGUCUUGUUUAAUAAUUCUGAGAGAUUGAUAAAAAAUUUAGAAUUCGGCUAUGCUAAGGGAACCGGUUGUGUCUAAGCAUCCGACUAAUGGAGAGUAUAAUAUUAUAAAUUAUAAAAUCUGGUGAAACAAUAAACAUCCUAUUUCAAUAUGGCCCUUGAGAAAUAAAUUAUAGGAAAUGAGUAUUUCAUAAAGACAUAUAAUUAUUAUUAAGUAUAAUGUUGAAACCAAUGAGAAAUAAGUUUUAUCUUUUGGUAUUGGUUGCUAUUAGAAAUAACAUAAUUUCAAUUAUAAACUUGAUAUAGAAAUGAUAUUGAUUUAUUGAGAAUACAUAUACAGAAAAUAAACUUGCUAGUUGAAUAAAAAACGUUAAUAAACUUUUAUAUACUAAAUAAAGAAAUAAUAAUAAUUUGAGGUUAAAUAUUCAUUUGAUAUUUCCAAUUUAGACGAUUUGUUGUAUAAUUUCAAUGUUAUUUUUCCCUAAAAAUAUUUUUUCUCGCAAUAUUAUGUGUUGCUAAUUAGCACUAAUGGUUGUUAAAUGUAUUAGGAAAAAGAAAAACAAAUCAUAACGAGUGAACCAAACGUACUCUUAAUAAUUUCCCCAUAUUUUAAAAAUCUGUGGUCUACUAUAUCUACUAAUUAUUAUUUUCUCUGUAUUUAAUCUAUUUUUAGUACAUCAUGAACAUCAUGUUAUUCAUUUGUACAUAAGUAGACGUUUUAAAGCAUUUUCUAUCUAUCAUUGAACACAUUAUCUUUUAUUUUGGUAGUUAUAUGCACAUAAAUAUAACAUCUGUCGAUAACAUAUUUAAAAAAAAUUAUAUAAGAGAAAAAAAAGUACUUAUGUCUGCUCUUAGACGAGUAGCAAAUCGUCAGAAAUCACUUUAGACGAGGUUUAUGUAGCGAAAUAUUAUUAGAUGACUCUCCCAUCAGAAAUCGUCAUUUGAUUCAAUUAGUUUUCUAUGUUUUUAAUUCAAUUAUGAAAAUAAUAGUACAUUCCACACAUUUCAGUUACAGCCAUACUCAAAUGUCUCGAAAAUAUUCCUAAGCAACUCUCAUAAUGUUCAGGAAGGAUGAUGUUCGAUGAAUUAAUAGUUUUUAUAAGAAAUGAAUGUCAAAAUGUGCUGUUCAAGUCCUUUUUUUGGAAAUAUAAAACGCACUUAACUUAACAAUCAUUCUAAUAUAAAGAAAUAAUAGCAAAAUAUAAAAUAUACAUCUUUAUUAUAAACAAAUUAUCUAAUUAGUAUACGUAAAAGAUGUUAAGCCCUGACUGUACAAUCAAAUUUGCUUCUACAGAGAACUACAGCUCUUUAAAUUUGAUUAUUUCCAUCAAAAAUCAUAAACAUAAAACACUAAGCUGCGAUUCCAAAAACCUAAAUAAAAAAUUUUCCUUCCGGUUGCAGCUUUAAAUGGGCAAAUUAAAAGUAAAAAAGUCAUCAUCAUCAAGCCUUUUAAUCCUUUGGAUUAUGGCUAUCGCUUUUAGCGCUUUAAAAUCCUUUUUUGAGGUGGAUUACUCCUCGUUUUCUAUUUUUGUUUUCUUUAUAGUUUAUAGUUUGUCUUGGCUGCUUUUGUGAUUAUUUUCCAUUCCUUUCGGUUCUGGCAUUUUACCCUCCAGUUCUCUAUAUCAAGUGCUCUAAUGUCCUCUUCUAUUUCAUUUUUCCAAGUCUUCCUCGACCUGCCUCUUCUCCUUGGCCACAAUCAGGUCCGUUGCAUUAUUCUUUUGAUCAUUUCAGUUGGUUUUCUUCUCAUUAUAUGCCCAGCCCAGUUGAGUCUUUGAGUGCUUUUAUGUAUCUCACCACAUAUAUUUUCCUUCGCCAGCUCUCUAUUUCUUCGUUUUUCUUUGCUCUCCUUUCUCCCUCCUGUAUUAUGUGUGGACCGUUAUAGCUCGCAUUAUCUUUCUCUCGGUUCUUUUGUUGUUUCCAUCACGUACGUGAUUACUGGUCUUAUUAGGGUCUUGUACAAUUUUAUUUUGUUUUGUUUGGUUAUGUACUUAUUUUUCAAUAGGUUUUUGUUUCUUCCAUAGGCUUGAUAACCUGUUUGUAUCCUUUCCUUUACCCUCUCCUUGGCUGUUUGUUCCAACGUUAUUUCUAGACAGUUAAAGGUCGAUACUGUUUCAAAGUUGUAUUUGUUAGUUUUUAGUUGGUUUCAUCUCUUCUGGUUUUCAUAUAUUUUGUUUUUUCUGCAUUUCCAGUCUGUAAUUGCUUGCUUCUUCUUCUAAUUUAUGAUUGCCUUUAUUAUUUCCUUAUGUCCAUUUGCUAGUUACUCUGUUCAAAACUGUGUUUUGUCUGUUCUUUGUAUGUUCUUAUUUUGUAAUCCUGCGUUUCUCAAAAUACCUUCCAAUAUUAUAUUCAAUUGGGUCUCCCUGUUUGGGGUACGAAAAUACAUUAAAUUUAUUGUAACAUUAUAUAAGUACUUCUGUUUAAUGUUUAAAAAAUAUUUGAAGAUAGUUCUCUUUAUUUCACAUUAAGUUUUCUCUUUCAAUCCUCUUUGCGUACAUUUUUGAUAAUUUUAGGUAAUUAACAAUUUUUCAGGCUCAACUCAAAAACUGUAGACUUUCCCAAGAAAAAUAUAAUCCAUUCUUUUCAAACUAUCUUGAAUGAAUUAGCUCUAUAGUAUAAACAUGUAAAUAGAUAUAAAUUUCUUUAAUUUUAGGUCUUAAUUUUUGAAAGAUAGAAAAAAAUUUUGACGUUUCGACUACUUUCAGUAUUUAUCAAAAUAUGAUAUUGACUGACUGACAAUUUACUUAUUUAUAUUAAUCAAUAGAUCAACUACAUCAUGAAUAUCAAAAUAGAAAUUUAUUUUUUCAUCAUUUAUAGCUUUUUCACUUUUAUGAAUGUGAACCAUUAAUAAAAAUUCUCUUUUUCGUGUAUUAGAUUCCAUUCCAAGAAUUUUUGAAUCUUUAUAAUUGAAUUUAUAUUUUUUUGAUAUUUCGUGGUUCAUUAAAGUAUUUUUUUUUUAUAUUGAUUACCUUUAAAACAUUAAAAUGUAUAAUCAACAAAGUAAUAAGAGAAUCUGUUAUUAUCUCUUACAUAGUUUUCAGAAAAUAUACUAAGCUAUGGAAAUAUGAAGAAACACCUUCCAAACAAUUAUGUAAAACUAAAAAAGUAUAAAAAUAUGUUUUUCCAGCAAUGCCUAGGAAUUGUUGAUACUGAAAAUGAAAGCCUUAACUUGUAAUGCAUUUAAGGUAUGGUAAAUUAGAAUAACAAUGUACCUUAAUAAAAUUUAAAACAAAAUAGUUAAUUCAUCAUGUAUCAUAUUUUAUUUCAUAUAAAUCUUGCAGUAAUUUCCUUUGUGAAUAUUAAAAAGUAUUCCUUCAAUAAUGUAACUAAUCUUAGCUUUAUAAACCUUGUCAAAAACUGUACAUAAUUAAUUAAAAGCCAUUUA